AUGUCAGCUUUGUUUGCUGAUAAAUAUACAUCCUUUUGGCGCUCAGCUCGCAAACGACAUUUUGAGCUGUUAGCCCAACUGAACACGUACGAUGAAUAUAGCGACAUCCUCGGCAUCCAGCGCCUCGCCAUUCAGAUUCUCACUUAUCCCAAACUGGCCCGACAACUGUUACUUCAGUAUAACGCCCCUCUACGUCUGAUUUCCCGCCUAUGUCGGACGUUUGCCGCCAACGCCAUACCACUUCCUGGCUUCUAUGCAACUCAGAAUUCUCAGGAGAGUCUUGCCGACCUUUGCAAUCCUGAUUGCACAUUCCAGUUCUGUCCCUCAGUCCUGAAAAAUCGCCUGCUGGCGCUUCGGAUUGCGAAUCGGGAGGCCUGGUGUCGAGCGCACAAGUACACACGCGUCGCCGCAUUUACUGAUGAGAACAGCCCGGUUGAACAACCUUUAUAUCCACCCAAAGUACUUGUCUGGUUGUACGAGCCUCAAUUGAGGCUGGACCUAAUGCCCUUCGAAUGCGCUUUGGUGUCUGUCGAUGCUGUCUCCGCCAUUCUUAAUGGCUUACUACAUGUUAAACCACUGGCUGAGGAGAGCGAGAGUUGUCCCGAAGGCUGGUGGGAUGAGGUCUCAAGGGAGAAUUUUUUGGCCUACUUCCGCUGCCUCCUCGAAAUCCUCACCUACAUGCAGGAUAUGGAUUCCAUAGAGCAAACCCUCAAGCAAGAUGCAGAAGCCCAUCUAGGCCGUCUUUAUACUCUCGUCUCGACAUCUGCCCUGCUUGCUAGCACCGAUCGCACUCUCCUCCUCUCUGCCAUCAAGGAGACCCGGGAGGCCUUUGAAAAACGCGUCGGCGUUAUAGAUCUUUGUUUCCGGGUGGCACCUUUCACAUGCACGCAGGGCAGUAGGACCAAACAUACCAAAAACAUGUCUUUCCAAGCUCUGGGAUCCACGUCAGAAGUCUACGAGUACGACGUGUCAGUAAUGAGAGUGAACAUCUCUCAACCUCUAUCUCGGCUAUUGGCAGCCCUUUACGGAUAUGGUAUUGAAAUGGGUUUUCAUCCCGUCCUGCUCGGUCUGGCGGAUGAGGUCUGUUACCUUUCAGAUUCACUCUGA